GUGCAGCAGCCGAAUGGGAUGCAGGCUAGAAUGAGAUCGUCGUCGCAGCAUACAGUCGCAGCAGACCUAGUCGCGGACUUCGUUUCAGCAGACCGUCUUAGUCGCAGGACUGAGUCGCAACAGACUUGAUCACGAGACUUCAGGAGUUAGCCAGUGUACUUCGUCGCAAGGCUUAGCGCUAAAGUCGUCGAAUCGCGUCGAAUCGAAAGCCCGUGAAGCUCUUAUCCAAUUUCGCCAGUCACGAUUCUCGGCUAACGAUUUCGGGAGCUCGUCGAGCGCGACUCACCUCAUCCGCGCAUCGAUCUGCCCCAAUGCGGUCCUCCUCUCGCCUCCCGUCACCCGUCGCCGCUUUUUGACGGUCUCUAGGCGCUGGAUAAGACUGCGACACGCUUACUGAGUGCUUAGGCUCCUAGACGGCGCUCCGCGAUGGCGCCUUCGCUUCGUGCGAUUCGUGCGACGUUCGUGUGCCUGUCGCUGAACCUGACCCUGUGCAAUGUCUUCAACGGGCGCCACUAUACCGCACCGACCCUCCCUCCCCCCGCGAGUAGCAACAUUGCGAAUGCGAACAGCAGGGAGGGGGAAUCCGCAGCGUCAGCGGGGUUCGUGCUGCCGAGCUCGGCGCGCAGCUGCGAUGAGGACGAGAUGAUCAAUGGAGCGAAGGGGUUGCUACCCUCGUUACAGGAACUCACAUGGAGUCCCCAUCUAUGUGAUUGGGAAACGCACCUGAUCGCAUCAGUGCCGAAUCAGAGGAGCAAAGCACGCCGCCACCUCCAACGCGUGGGCAUCCGCACGUGCCUUCUCCCACUCAUUAGAAAAGGAACCAGGCUGUUCAAGCUCCUCCCUCCGCCUUCCCCCCUUGCUCCUCUUCCCUCCCCCUGCGAUCCCCCGUCCCCUGGGCGAGGGGGGAAGCUGCUGCUGGGGGGAACCGACCUUUGCGCGUUGAUGCACCUGGACGGGGGAAGGGCUGAGGGAAGGGAUGCGGUGGGAAAAGGGUUGUCUGCAGCAGUAGCAGGUAGAAAAGCAGCAGAAUCUGUUUGGGAGGCGGGUAAUGGGGAGGGUGCCAAUGCUGGCUUAAAGAAGGGGGUGAGUCAAGAGACGGGGAAAGGGAGGCGAAAGGAAGAGAGCAGGGGAGGAGAUAGCAACCGACAGGGACAAGGAGAGAGCAGGCGGAACAAGGAGGAGGAGGAGGAAGAGGAGAGGAGCAAAUCUCUGAGGAAAGGGAGAUCGUUGGGGCAGAGGGAGCAGGAGGAGGCAGGGGAGCAGAGGGGAACAGGGGAGCAGAAGAUGCAGAGUAUGAGAAAGAGAGAGCAUGGGGAUGAUGAUGGCGUGAAGGGUGGUGAUGGAGGUGAUGGGGCUGAUGAGGCUGAUGGGGCUGAGGGGGUUGGAGGCAGGGCGGGGGAGAAGAAGAGCAAGGAAAAGAGGGGAGGGCGCGAGAAGGAGAAGCAAGGGGGGCAUAUGAACAAGGAGAUGCUGAUUCGAGCAGCCAUCAGCCAGAUGCAAGCCAAGAAGUUCAACGACGCCAUCAAGCUCUUCAACCUCGUGGAAGCGGAAGGGGGUGAGAUGUCGGACCAGCUGUUCAUAGGCAGGGGCCUCUGCCACCUGUUCCUGCGCCAGCUGGACGACGCGGAGGAUGACUUUACAGAGGGCAUUCGGCGCUACCCUCAGAGUGCCGAGCUGUACAGACGCAGGGCAGUGCUGUACAUUGAGAGGAACGAGAGGGAGGCGGCUGUGGAGGAUUACAGUCGAGCGCUGGAGAUAGAGCCCAACCACCUGGACGCCCUGCAGAAUAGAGGCACGAUUGCCUUCCACCUGCACUUCUACAGCAUGGCCAUCUCCGACCUCUCCAAGGCGCUCGAGCUGCGCCCCAUGGACCCCUUCCUCAUCCGCGCCAAGGGCAUAGCCUUGGCGGGCUCGGGCCAGUGGCGCAAUGCAAGCGCUGUGUUUGCGGAGGCGGUGAAGCGGCACCCCAUGUCCGCCAACCUGUGGACGGAGAAGGGCCGCGUGCACAAGGAGCUGGGGGAGGUGGACCUCGCCCUGGCGGCAUUGCACAAGGCUUUGGCUCUGGAGGACACUCUUGAGGCGUACAUACGCCUCACAUCCCUCAUGCAGCUGGUGGGCCGCCACAGGGAGGUGAUCAACACGGCGCGCAGGGGCCUGAAGCUCAGCCCCGACGACAUUGAGCUCAACUACCUGGAAGCUUCUGCGCACCAUGCGCUGGGCGACUUUGAGGCAGCUCUGGUCCAGUAUUCCCGCAUCCUUGGCUUCUCACCCACAGACAGCAACACCGGCACUCUCCAGGGCAUGGCAUUCUACCAGAGGGAGAUCGCCGCCUACACGGUAGCCAAGCUGGACCUGCCCUUCACGCACUUCCGCCUCGACUACGAGCUCGACAACGACCUCAAGGAAGCAUGGGUGCGGAAGCAGUCGCCCCUCACCAUCCUCCCCACAUACCGUCCCCUCCCCGUGCGCCUCCCCCGCAACCCCCUCGAAUCCGCUUCUCCCCCCAAGUGCGCGCACUUAUCGCCAAGGCGGACGAAAUUGGCCGGCGCACGCAGUACUUUGUGGAUGGCUUCAUGCCGCACAAGAGACAACACCGCAUGGCGGGGCUUGCCGCCCUGGACCUCAUGCAAAGAGUGAAUGCCACGUGGCAGCAGAUGAUUGAGGAACAAAGGCGGGCGGAUGGG